CAUAGCCUGCCUCAUCUCCCUUACGGGUCAACUAGGUAAAAUGGUGUUCUCCAUCACCCGGAAAUCUACCGGAUUCGUCACCCCUGCUGAGCCGACCCCGACUGAGAUCCUUCCACUAUCCGCCAUUGAUCGCAUCGAGGGUCUGCGCUACUUGGUGCGAUCGGUUCAUGUGUUCAAGAGCGGCGUGAGAGCGGCAGAAACUAUCAAGCAAGCUAUGUCGAAGGCCCUCGUAACUUAUUACCCUUUCGCUGGCCGGUUCAUCAAUGAUCCUGAAGAUGGUGAAGUGAAGUUAGCGUGUCGAGGCCAAGGCGUGUUGUUCGUUGAGGCUGUCGCUAACUGUAGUCUUGAGGAUGUGAGGUUUCUUGACUAUCCGCUGAUGAUCCCGCAGGAUGAUAUCUUUCCGGAGCUCUCGCAAGAUAUUAUUGAGUCAGUCGACAUUCCAUCCAUGAUGCAG